AUGGGUGCGAAUGUAUGUUUUAAUAAAAAUAGUGAUAAUGUUGUUAACGAAGAAGAUACUGAAGAAGUUAUUUACGCCGAUAAACACGAAUCGAUCGAUUUGGUGCAAAAAUCGCUCGAAGAAGACGCAGUUCGAAAAGUUGAUACGAAAUUUUUGGCUUUUUCUGUUUUCAUAGGAUCAAUGCCGUUAAUAUCCAUAGGAGCGAACUUGGUGUGGACAUCUCCGAUGCUACCUUACCUACAAUCCAACGAUUCGAACAUAAACCCCCUGGAAACACCGAUAAGUGUUUGGCAAACGUCGGUAUUAGCGGCGUCACCGAUUUUCGCUUCGCUAAUCGGACCUUUGCUAUUAUCGAAACUAUCGGAUAUCGUAGGAAGAAAGAAAUUUUUGCUAACAACCACGAUUGCGAUGCUAUUUUUAUUUGUUAUUCCCGUUUUUCUAAAUCGAUUUUCGUUAUUACUAAUUUGCCGAGUUUCAAUCGCGAUUAUUUCCACGGGUUUCAUUGUCAUCAACCAAGUUUACGUAGCGGAAAUAUGCGAAGAUCACAACCGAGCUAAAUAUUUGUGCUUGAGCAACUUGUUUUUACCAACUGGUAACGUGUAUACUUAUCUUUUAGGCGGGUUCCUCGAUUACAUUCGCUUCAAUAUUCUCAUCGCUUUACCUUUAUUAGUUUCGUUGUUUUUCUGCUUCGCGCCGGAACCUCCGGUACACAGUUUAUCGAAAGGAAAAUUGGCUGAAUGUAAAAACGCUUUGAUUCAAUUGAGGAGUAACAAGAACGUUCGAGAAAUCGACGCCGAUCUAAAUAAGUUGGACCGCCUUCUGAAAUCUACGAAAAGUGACACUAGAGUUAACUUUGUCGCUCUAUUUAGAACUAAAACAAAUAGGAGCGCUUUGAAAAUUACUCUUUUGCUACUUGGAGUUAAAUUUCUUUCGGGUAUAGCGCCGAUAGCCUCUUUCCUGGAACCGGUGCUUCGUAAAUCCGGCGCGACGUUGUCGGUCCAUACUUUAACCGUGACUAUAGGUCUGGUACAAAUAAUGACGUUCGUCGUCGCGUCUUUUUUCAUCGAAAAAUUCGGUAGAAAAGUACUUUUGGUAUUUUCCUGUUUUUGUAGCGCUUUCGCGUUGUUUUCAUUCGGUUUAUUUUGCUUUUUAAAAUCCCGUCACUUCAAUAUCGUCGGUUAUUUAAAAUCGACGCCGAUUAUUUGUAUCUUACUGUAUAUUAUAUCGUUUGGUGUCGGUUUGGGUUCGGUAACCAAUACAGUCGUCGCCGAAAUCUUUCCUCCGGAUGUAGUUACCAUCGGGAUGUCUUUGAGUUUCAGUUUGUCUUACGUUGUUAUAUCGGCCACGAUUUUUUUGUUUCCCAUAAUCGAGGCUCACGCGGGGCUGCAUAUCUGCUUGUGGGUUUUCGGGUUUUUUUGUUGUUUGGGUGGCAUUUCGAUUUAUUUAAUUGUGCCCGAAACCAGAGGCAAAACUAGUUUAGAAAUACAAAAAUUACUGCAACGAAAUGCGUCGUAAACCUAAAGAUAAUCCACCAUGACCUAGCCAGCAGGUGUUACGGACUCUGGUCUGGUCUGCAUGGCGUACGUACGCAUUGGACCCCAUGAAGCUUAAAUUUUUUGAGUAUUUACUUCUUCCACAUGUUUUAAGACAACUAGCAUCGAUGUAUCUCUAUAUAGGCGAUUUUUGGGACAACCAGCGGCUCCCAAUGGCCUAUCACUCUUCUGCUCUGUUAUGACUCCUCUACAGUAACUUUACCAAUCAAACACUGUUUCCUUAUUGGCGAAACUGUAUAUACAGUCUAUGCCCUUCAAACUAGGGACCCGACGCUGCACUGAGCUCAACAUUUCUUGAAGAUGGAAGACCAAGACAUGAACAUCACGUUCUUGUGAUCAUAAAAUGGUUUUUUGGUCGUAAACGACCUCUUCCAUUAGCCCGAAAUGAUUCCAACUCAUAUUUUUCGUCUUAUUGGAUGAAUUAGGAACUUUAACGAAUCAAAAUCUGCAAUUUUAUAUUCGAUAUUUACACUUUUCACCCCUUUCUUUUACAUAAGUACUAAAUUAAACUAACUGAUCAUUGUUAUAAUUAUUGCAGGAUCCAAAUCAAUGGAUUCGAUGAAUUUUCUCUCGAAAAUAUUUGUUACUUUGCUAAAAAAUUGAAAUCGACAAUUUUUUUUUAAAACAUUCUUGAAUUUUUGUAAAAUUAUGCCUCCAGUCUUGUCUGUGACAUUUUGAAAAUUUGCCUCACAUAAUAAACUCUGUAUAAUAAACACACGACCCUGUAUAAUGAAUAUACGAUGAGGUAUAAUAAAACCUGUUCAACUAACAAAUAGUACCCUGUAUAAUAAUCAAAUUCGAUCCUAUAACAUUUAUAAAGAUGAUCCUGUAUAAUAAAC